AUGCCCGUGCAUUUUAACCAGUCGGUCGGGAUGCCGCCAGCGAGGGAUGGAGCACGGCCUCCCCCUAUCAAGGGAGGGCUUAUGGGGAAGCUCAUCCCAGCAACCUACUCCCCCAACGGCAGGCAUCCUCGUAUAGCUCCACCACCUCCACCGACACCUCCUGCUGGCGCUGGUGCUGGUGCUGGUGCUGCCCCUCCUCAAAGGCAACUUUUACAGCACUCACCUACGACAGCACCAGGACCCCGGCGGCCGUCGAAUCCGUCGUCUCCUCAGCAUCCACAGCAGCCCGGAAUUGACCGCUUCCCGCAGAUAAUACCGUACCAGCAUGAGCAGCCGCAGCGCCGACCAUCAAGGCAGCAGUACUCUGCCAGUCCGCCGGUCGACUACAGCUUCGGAAAAGGUCCGAAGCAGUCCGGACUCGACCAGAGCAGCAGCACCAGCAGCAGCGUAUCGCCCAAGCAGGAGAUGAAACAGAUGAGCAUCCACAACCUCCUCUCGAGCGGCGACCAGGACGACCAGGACGACAAGAGCAUCAACAACAGCAACACGGCCAGGGCAUCGAGCGCCAGCCUGGCCAGCCUGGCAUCACCCAGGUCCGUCCUGCCCCCGGCGGCCAUGCCGAGUCCGUCGCCGUCAUUCUCGACGUCAGAGUACCACCUCCACGUCCGGCAGCAGCCCGUGGCGGCGCGGUCGUGCGGAUUUGGCGAGCGCGACCGCCGCGUCAUCGACCCGCCGCCCAUCGUGCAGAUGACCAUCGACGACCCGUCCGCCACCCCGGAUCAGAUGCAGCAGCGGCUCCGGCACCCCUUCAGCGUCGUGCACUGCUCCAUCUACAACGAGACGGGCGAGGAGGACAACUCGGCCAUGCCCGAGGACUACCGGCAGCAGCGGCGGUUGAUGGGGACGCUGGUGGCGUCGCCCUUUGUCGGCAAGGACGAGAACGGCGAGGACGGCUGCUUCUUUUGCUUCCCGGACUUGAGCUGCCGGACGCCCGGCUCGUUUCGCCUCAAGUUCUCCCUCGUCGUCAUCAACCCCGCCGACAUGCGCCAGGGGCUACGGACGCCCAUUGCCGCGACCGCCAUGAGCGACGUGCUGGUCGUCUACAACGCAAAGGACUUUCCCGGCAUGCAGGCCAGCACCCCGCUCACUAGGAAGCUCAAGGAGCAAGGAUGCCUUAUCAGCAUCAAGAAGGGGAACGAGAAGGGCGGUGGAGGAGGUGGUGGUGGUCCCAGCGGGUCCAGAGAUCAGUACAGCGAUGACGAAUACGACGAUGAUGGGGGUGGUGGUAGUGGCAGAGCCGGGAAGAGGAAGAGAAUACGCAGGAGUUAA